CCAUGCGGCUGUACGUGAUCCUUGGAAUUGUGUUCCUUUUUUACUCUUUAAGUUCGUCAAGUGAGUCAAAAUCAUCCACGAUAAAGUCAUUGAAGUUGGAAAAUGAAAACGGGACAGUUGUACUUCAAGUCGUCGUCGCUAAAAGGAUUCAGCUUCAAGAUAGUUUAUUUGAGUGCAACAUCGUUGAAUGUGUGAAUCGAUCAAACAGCAUGCAUGUUCAAAAUAAUCUUUUAGGCGGCUGCAUUGUGACUGGUGAUGAAAAAAUGUGCAAGUACAAGAUUGAAACUUUAAAUGUGAAUGGGAUUUAUUCAUGCGUAGGAAAUGUCUUCGGGUACACCAAAGCAAGCAAUGAGCUCAUUUACACGCUGCCGAAUAACUUUGUAACUCUUGUUGUUCAAUUUGAAACUUUGCAAAAGUUGGAAGAUCUUCAGAAGCUAGUUUGCGGCGUUAUGACUGUUAAGCUAGUAGAAGGCACCGACAAUAUUUUUCAUUUCUCCACAAACGAAAUUGGUCCACCCUGUACUCAUCAUCCCGUAAAAGCAGAGUACUUAAGGGCAAAAAUAAAAUACCCUGCCAACAUCACUUGGAGCAAUGUUUGCUGUUUGCCUGAUGCCAAGUAUGAUACUAGCUUAAAUUUGCCGCCUUUGGAAGAAGAUUGCAACAAUGAUCACUUUAAUGGCGUGAACGACAACGGGACCGUCCACAAAUCAAAUCAAGGACAAACCGAUAAUGCACUAAAAGAGGAUCUAAUUAAAUCCGCUGAAAAGGUGGAAAGAAUAGAAAAAUUCAACGAAAUUUUGCUGACAUCUAAAAAUCAGUCUGUUCUUCCGGAAGUAGUGAACAAUUUUGCCGAAUUUGUGUCCAGUGACGGAACUUUUUAUCAAGAAGCUAAAAAGAAAAACAAAACUAACCAAUUGCUUUCAAACUUUGACUUUUAUCUGGCAAGCAUUACGCUAGACGAGCCGAAAGUAGAGGAGAUAAGUCAAAAAGUAGCAGUGAGAGUUGAGAACCUCAGUUUGACUAAAACGAUUGGCCUGCGUCUCAUAGACAAGAGAGAUCGUGAUGAAUUUAAAAGCCUGAGUGCAAACGACUCAGCCGAUGACUUUGCUGUUCAAUCUGAUUUAAUAGCUGGUAUUGAACUGCCUAGAAUUUUAGUGGACGCGGGAGAAAGGCUGGCAGUGUCGGUCAUCAAAGACUCAAAAAGCCUUUUCAGUGCAGCCUAUGCAACAAGCGCCGUCAUAAGUGUUACCUUAGAUGGAGGCCACCGUAGAAAUUUAUCUGAACCCAUCAUUUUGCUGUUUCCCAAAAAGUCAAAUAAUAAUUCAGCUGCAUGUGGAUUUUGGGACUUUGCAAUGGCCAAAGGGAAAGGAAAUUGGUCAUCAGAGGGAUGCACCUUGAACAAAACUAUCGCACUGGAAGACACUUUGAUUGACGAAUGUCACUGUUGGCACUUGACUCAUUUCGCCCUAAUAUUUUGGGAUUCCAAAUCGACCGCUCAAUUUAAGAGCACGUUUCUUGAUCACGUCAGUAGCGUCGGUUGCAUAACUUCUUUAAUUAGUCUUGCGGGUGUAUUUUUGGCGGCAAUUAUUUCGCCCAAGUGGAGAAAAGGCGCCGGCCAAAAACUUUUACUCCAAAUGGCUUUGAGCCUAGCAUUGCUUUUGUCACUUUUCCUAGUAACGGCAAAUGUUGAUUUAAAUAAAUGGGGCUGUUUUUUCACCGGAUUUUUCAUGCACUAUGCAAUUUUGGCGCACGUUUUUUGGAUGCUAAUAGCCGCCUACUUACAGUACAUUCGGCUGGUCAAAGUGAUUGCCCGCAGAAAACCGAAUUUGAUCUUGAAAUCCGCUGUGGUCGGUUGGAUAUUUCCUAUUAUUCCCGGCAUGGUUGUUCUAUUAAGUCAAAAGUUUGAUUUUUAUUCAGAAAUUCCACUUUGUCUUCCAACCGGCUUGGCCUUUUAUCUAUCCAUUCUCCUUCCAGUAACUCUAAUCCAAUUGAUCAAUUUAGCCGUUUUUGCUCUGAUAACAUUCAACAUAUGCCGCGUAAGCAGUUUUAGUGGCAGAAAGCACGAUGCAAAUCGGUUCCAAUUCCGCAGAUUUAUCCAAUUGGUCUUUUUGUUCACAUUGCUUGGUCUCAAUUGGAUAUUCGCAAUAUUCCAAGUGGCAUUUCCCGACGCCAGAUUUGCUUUCGGACUUUUAUUUACGAUUUUCGGCACUUUUCAAGGCAUGGUGUACUUUUGUUUCUUUGUCCUAAUGCACAAAGACUUUCCUAGCGCUUGGCAAAGAUUCGUCGCGCUUUUGCGUAAUAUGAGCAAAAUGUCUGAAGAAAAGAACUUGCGCCAGAGUGAAAACAGUUUGAUGACCACUUUUAGCAGAAUUAUUUCUUCCAAUCGAUCCGAAAGUAGCGCGGUUAAUUUUCAUAGUGAAAACAAAAAUUAAGUUCUUCCAUAAAUGUUUUUAAAUGUUUUUUGUUAUUUCCUCUCAUGAAAAAAUUUAAAAAAAAAACUUUGAAAAUUGUAAGCUCUCUAAUAUGAAAUAAGAAAAUUACAGAAAUAUUACUAAAUUUAAAAAAAAUACAUACCUAAAUACCUAUACCUCAAUUACAUUAUUUCACAUUAUGCUUUAGCAGUUGUUAUCCUUGCUUAAAAAUAGUGUUUUGUUUUGAAAUGUUGUAAAAACUGUUUCUGACAAUGGACAAUAAAUAUGGUCAGAUUAUAAAAUGUGAA